GAGAGAGAGAGAGAGGAACGGAGGCAGCGAGGAGGGGGGGGGCUGGGCCAAAAAAGGAAAAGAAGAUUUUUUCUCUAUGUAUAUAAAGAUGGCCACGUUAGCAAACGGACAAGCAGACAAUUCCAGCCUCAGUAGCACCCACACUAACCCCAACCCCAACGGGCACAUGAACGGAUUAAACCACAGUCCGGGGAACUCCGCCACCAUUCCCAUGAAGGAUCACGAUGCGAUCAAGCUCUUCGUUGGGCAGAUCCCUCGCAACCUGGACGAGAAGGACCUCAAGCCGCUUUUUGAAGAGUUCGGGAAAAUAUACGAACUGACGGUGCUGAAGGACCGCUUCACCGGCAUGCACAAAG